CAAGAAGUAGUUGAUCGAUUCGCGAUGGCUGUUGGCAAGAACAAGAAGAUGGGCAAGAAGGGUGCCAAGAAGAAGGUGGUGGAUCCGUUCACGCGCAAAGAGUGGUACGACAUCAAGGCCCCGUCCAUGUUCAACGUGCAGCACAUCGGGAAGACGCUGGUGAAUCGCACACAAGGAACAAAAAUUGCAAGCGAAGGUCUGAAGGGACGUGUGUACGAGGUGUCACUUGGUGAUCUGAACAAUGCGGAAUCGGAAUUUCGAAAAAUGCGCCUAAUUUGUGAGGAUGUCCAGGGCCGCACGUGUUUGACCAAUUUUCACGGAAUGAGGCUUACACGUGACAAGCUUUGCUCGAUCGUCAAAAAGUGGCAUACACUUAUUGAGGCCAAUGUUGCCGUCAAAACUUCGGACGGCUAUUUAUUGCGUCUUUUCUGCAUCGGUUUCACAAAGAAAAAUGCUGGACAACUGAAGAAGACGAGUUACGCGAAAUCUUCAAAAAUAAGACAAAUUCGAGCUAAAAUGAUUGAAUACAUGCAGAAGGAGGUAAGAUUGUAUAUUUCUUUAUUAAAGCAUUCGUUCUGAGG